AUGGUAGCUGCCCCCUUGCAGCUAGCCCAGUGCGAGUGUACGCUCCACAGAAGGAGAAUUUUUGGUUACAAGUUCCCUGUCCCUUCAAGACACUUUUCUCUGUCUCAGCAGCGUCCAGCAGCCCUGCAGACAGGAAGUCGUGACUUUCACUUCACUGUUGACGGGAAUAAGAGGUCGUCUGCUAAAGUUUCAGAUUCGAUUUCCACACAGUACCCAGUAGUGGAUCAUGAAUUUGAUGCCGUGGUGGUGGGCGCCGGAGGUGCAGGCUUGCGAGCUGCAUUUGGCCUUUCGGAGGCAGGGUUCAACACGGCCUGUGUCACGAAGCUCUUCCCCACCAGGUCCCACACCGUGGCAGCCCAGGGAGGAAUCAAUGCUGCUCUGGGGAACAUGGAGGAGGACAACUGGAGGUGGCACUUCUAUGACACCGUGAAGGGCUCUGACUGGCUGGGGGACCAGGAUGCCAUCCACUACAUGACAGAGCAGGCCCCUGCCUCUGUGGUCGAGCUGGAGAACUACGGCAUGCCGUUCAGCAGAACUGAGGACGGCAAGAUCUACCAGCGCGCUUUCGGCGGACAGAGCCUCAAGUUUGGGAAAGGCGGGCAGGCCCACCGGUGCUGCUGCGUGGCUGACCGCACCGGCCACUCACUGCUGCACACGUUGUAUGGAAGGUCCUUGCGGUACGACACCAGCUAUUUCGUGGAGUACUUCGCCUUGGACCUCUUGAUGGAGAACGGGGAGUGUCGUGGCGUCAUCGCACUUUGCAUAGAAGACGGGUCCAUCCAUCGCCUAAGAGCAAAGAACACGGUUGUAGCCACUGGAGGCUACGGGCGCACCUACUUCAGCUGCACGUCGGCCCACACCAGCACCGGCGACGGCACCGCCAUGAUCACCAGGGCAGGGCUUCCCUGCCAGGACUUGGAAUUUGUUCAGUUCCACCCCACAGGGAUAUACGGGGCUGGCUGUCUCAUCACGGAGGGGUGCCGUGGAGAGGGCGGCAUUCUCAUUAACAGUCAAGGCGAGAGGUUCAUGGAGCGGUACGCCCCCGUCGCCAAGGACCUGGCCUCCAGAGACGUCGUGUCUCGGUCCAUGACCCUGGAGAUCCGUGAGGGCAGAGGCUGUGGGCCUGAGAAAGAUCAUGUCUACCUGCAGUUGCACCACCUGCCCCCGGAGCAGCUGGCCAUCCGCCUGCCUGGCAUUUCAGAGACAGCCAUGAUCUUUGCGGGUGUGGAUGUCACCAAAGAGCCGAUCCCUGUCCUUCCCACCGUGCAUUACAACAUGGGUGGCAUUCCCACCAACUACAAGGGGCAGGUUUUGAGGCACGUGCACGGCCAGGACCAGGUCGUGCCCGGCCUGUACGCCUGUGGGGAGGCCGCCUGCGCCUCGGUGCACGGCGCCAACCGCCUUGGGGCUAACUCACUGCUGGACCUGGUCGUCUUUGGCCGGGCAUGCGCCCUGAGCAUCGCGGAGUCCUGCAGACCCGGAGAUAAAGUUCCCUCGAUUAAAGCAAAUGCUGGGGAAGAAUCUGUCAUGAAUCUUGACAAAUUGAGAUUUGCCGACGGGAGCAUAAGAACAUCGGAACUGCGACUCAGCAUGCAGAAGUCCAUGCAGGCGCACGCGGCGGUGUUCCGGGUGGGCAGCGUGCUGCAGGAGGGCUGCGGGAAACUCAGCCAGCUCUACGGGGACCUGAGGCACCUGAAGACCUUUGACCGAGGAAUGGUCUGGAACACGGACCUGGUGGAGACGCUGGAGCUGCAGAACCUGAUGCUGUGCGCGCUGCAGACCAUUUACGGGGCGGAGGCCCGGAAGGAGUCGCGCGGCGCCCACGCCAGGGAGGACUACAAGGAGCGGAUCGAUGAGUACGAUUAUUCCAAGCCCAUCCAGGGUCAGCAGCAGAAGCCGUUUGAGCAGCACUGGAGGAAGCACACGCUUUCCUACGUCGAUAGCAGGACUGGGAAGGUCUCCCUGGAAUACAGGCCUGUAAUCGACAAAACUUUAAACGAGGCUGACUGUGCCACGGUCCCCCCAGCCAUUCGCUCCUACUGAUGAGGCCCGAGUUGACCAGCUCUUGUAAUUAUAUGUAAUAUGCCACGCACGUGUUCGUAGCAUAAUUGUGUUUUCAAUCCUGUACUCCCGUGAAUAAGGAGUGCCAUUCGAAUAGAGACUGCCUGCUCAGUGGCCAGUAGCUUGCUCGUAGUCAAAGCCCAAAGUGUUAACCUUACCUUUAUUUCUUGCUUCCUUGUGAAAUAAUGAAGCUGAGCACGAUUCUUAAAUAAAACAAAUUACAAAGUUCUUCGGGCACACUAGCCAACCUGAAAUAGAAAA